AUAUUGUACAGCUACCGCACUUCCUGUCCGUGAAGAAGAAACGGGGUUCACACGUGUUUCCCGAGCCCAGGCGGAUAUAUUUUUGAAUAAUCGUUUCCAACUUCGGUUUCUGGACUUUUAACCGGAAUAUAACCGAGUAAAUAUGCCGAAGGUUAAGGCGGAGAAGAAAAGCAGGCAGCAUCAAGAGGUGAAGAACCAAGGGAUCAUGUUCAACACCGGCAUUGGCCAGCACAUCCUGAAGAAUCCUUUGGUGGUCAACGGUAUCAUUGAAAAGGCUGCUCUGAGGCCGACAGAUGUGGUUCUGGAGGUGGGACCUGGCACUGGUAAUAUGACCGUUAAACUGCUGGAAAAAGCCAAGAAGGUGGUGGCCUGUGAGCUGGACGGCAGAUUGGUGGCUGAACUUCAGAAAAGAGUGCAGUGCACACCCAUGCAGACCAAACUUCAAAUAUUAGUUGGAGAUGUAUUAAAAACAGAUUUGCCUUUCUUUGACAUCUGUGUGGCUAAUUUACCUUACCAGAUUUCAUCACCGUUUGUCUUCAAGCUCCUGCUGCACCGACCUUUCUUCAGGUGUGCCGUGUUGAUGUUCCAGAGAGAGUUUGCCAUGCGACUGGUCGCCAAACCUGGAGACAAACUGUACUGCAGACUCUCCAUCAACACACAACUACUGGCUCGUGUAGACCACCUCAUGAAGGUAGGGAAAAACAAUUUCCGUCCUCCCCCAAAAGUGGAGUCAAGUGUUGUCAGGAUAGAACCGAAAAAUCCUCCCCCGCCAGUUAACUUCCAGGAGUGGGAUGGCCUGGUCAGAAUAGCCUUUGUAAGGAAAAACAAAACCCUCAGUGCGGCUUUCAAGUCGGGUGCGGUGGAACAGCUGCUGGAAAAGAACUACAAAAUUCACUGCUCUGUACACAAUGUGGAAGUCCCGGCAGACUUCAGCAUCAGCCAGAAGAUUGAGAGUGUUUUGCAGGAGGCGGAUUUCAGUGAGAAGAGAGCCAGGUCCAUGGACAUUGAUGACUUCAUGGUACUGCUGCAUGCAUUCAACUCUGCAGGGAUCCACUUUUCUUAAAUGGCAGACGGGACUGAAGAGAUCAGCUUUACGACACCUGCCUUUAUGAUGGGGGGGGGGAAUAAAGAGAUGGC